CAUUUGCGACCAUUAUCCGCUGCUGUGGCUUGGCAAAAAUACUUAACUGCAGUGGCACAAACCCGAUUAUUCGUACAUAAACACUUAAGCGCCUCAGUGUUGACUAUCCGUUCGAAAGCCACCUUUAAAACUGGACUUAUGGCUUUAUUCAUAACCACAGAGUUAAUGCGAACAAUGAAAGUGGGGUUACAGCCGUAACGCCUGGGCUGUGCUGCAGUUUAUAAGGAUUUGCGUGCAGCCGGGUAGCGAGAGGAGCCAAACCCCAGACUGUACUUUUCAUCUGCACCAGCUGGCGAAGCCAAAUCACUCUGGAUUCCUUUCAUAUGAUCGUUAUGGCUGCAAAAACGACCUCUGUGAUCUCGUUGACUGUAUAUAUAACUGUACAUAUCUAACAGCAGAUAAGGAAAUCGCUGCCUCGUCAGAGCGCUUUGAAGGACAUUUUCCUUGCGUCGGCUUUGUGAAACAAAAUGUUGUCACCGAGUCAGGGGUUGAAUGUUACGCUUUUGUCAAAGAAGAUUAUAACGCCAGGUCGCCGCAAGGGAACGAGGUCGAUCGCUUGUGUAUUUUUAGGUUUUUAAAGUCUUUCGAAUUGAAGACCAGGAAACAAACUUCUUCUCCCCCCCUCGGAUUGCCUCGACACAUUUUUAUACUCUUGCCGACUCUCUGCAGUCUCUAGAUCUGUCUGACAUGGGGUCCCUGAAGGCUUUGCAAGAAUGGUGCCGGCUGCAGUGCGAGAAUUACAAAGACGUGGAAAUAAAGAACAUGUCGACGUCCUUCAGGGACGGCCUGGCUUUCUGUGCCAUAAUCCAUAAGCACAGACCGGAUUUGAUAGACUUUGAUUCCCUGUCCAAAGAAAAUGUUUAUGAAAACAACCGCCUGGCAUUUGAGAUGGCAGAGUCUGAGCUGGGCAUCCCAGCUCUGCUGGACCCCGAGGACAUGGUAUCCAUGAAGGUGCCGGACCGGCUGAGCAUCAUCACAUACGUCUCGCAGUAUUACAACUUCUUUACCAACAAGUCUCACGCCAACCCCCCCUGCAUGAAGAGGUCAGGUGGUACAGGCCAUAAUGAGCCUGUCGUAAAGAGGCCUCUAAUCCCUGCCAAUGACGGAGUGGCGGAUUCCAAGGCGGAUGCAGGCGGCCAAUCCAAACGCAGCACGCUGAGCAGUACCUGCGCGGCCUGUCAAAAACACGUCCACCUGGUACAGAGGUUCUUGGUUGACGGCAAGCUGUACCAUCGCAACUGCUUCAGGUGUAAAGAAUGUAGCAGCACCCUGUUACCUGGGUCCUAUAAAUUGGGCAGCGAAGCAGGAUCCCUGGUCUGCACUCACCACUUUGCCAAGUCCUCCUCAGCCAGUCAAAAUGGCCGUCCAGACCUCAGCAGGGGGGCGGGCUCUGGGGUGGAGCCUGGGGGAGGAGCCAGGGCGAUGGAGCGUCCAGGUAGCAUUCGGGAAGAAGAGAGUCCGGGUGGGACCACAGAGGGGCAGGCUGUCCCUCCCCGAUCGAUGGAAGAGUCACCGGACGAAGACAGUAGGAAGGAUAGCAGUGAUGGGGAGAUGAAAGAGGAUCAGAGAAACGGAGAGACCGUGGACAUCAAGAGGGGCAAGGAGAUGGAGGUCAGACCCCAGCCUUCCACACCUCCCAAUCCAUUUGAGGACAGCGAGGAAGAGGAGCCGGAAAAGACGCAACCAAUCGAAGAUUCCUUCGACAGGGAGCUCCCAUCAGCUCCUACUGCAGAUCCCAGUGCAGCUGGCCGACCGGUGCCUGCCCCCCGCAGAGUGUCUGAGCCACUCCCACGCCCGACCCCCAGGGCCCGCCAGCCCAGGAUGGCCGACAGCCCCACGGUUAAUGGAGAUGCCGUCAGCUCCAGUAGGUAUAUUCCCACACCCAGGGAAAGGUCUCACUCACCAGCCAGCAUAUCUGGUGAAACUCCCAAAUCCAAAGACCCGCCCUGGCUGGCGCUUGUCCAAUCCCAGUCAAAGAAGAAGCCAGCUCCUCCCCCUCCCCCUCCCCCUGGCACGGCCCCGCCCCCACGCCCCGGCUCUAUGCCUUCGGUGGGUGGGCCAGAGUCCUGGCCAGCCUCUCCCCAGCAUUCCACCAAUCCCUUCGAGGAUGAUGAUGCUGCUGAGGUAGAGGGGGAGGAGCAAGGAGAGCAGGUGGAGCUGCCUGGUAGCUCGGCGCCUCCCUCAGCGGUGGUAAACCACCCCUGGUAUGGGAUCAUGCAGGGGGCUGAGGGGGGCCAUUCCAGCGGUCCCGCCAGCACGGACAUCACCCCUAACCGAACUCCCAGCCAAAGCCCUGGCAGCCAGAGGGUUAAGAAAAGGCCGGCCCCCAGAGUUCCACAGCCCUCCCCUACAGCUCUCCCUCCCUCUGACCCCACCUCUCCCUCUCCAUCCCCGGCUCUCAGCACAGAGUCUCUCUCCUCCUCCUCAGACCACAGCUCUUCCAGGGCCCUACCAGAGAGCGCGGCCGCCGGCCAGGACCCCCCCUUCACUAAGAGCGUCUCAGAACCCUCCAUCAAUGGGCCCGCCCUUGCCACCGCUGGCCGGAAAACACGCCCCUCGUCGAGUCCCCCUCCACCACCCGUGCCGACAAAUACCAGCUCAGCUCCUGCCACACCGCAGACCAACCGGAGUGCGGGGAUGAGGACUCCCCGCCCCCCACCUCCCAGACCACCGACGACACCCAGUCCACUUGCAAAAGUGACCCCGCCGCCUCCCCCUCCCCAGGGGAAGCGAACCUGCAAGGAGAACCCCUUCGACCGGAAGGCCAGCCCCUCAUCUAAGCCCACAGCCCGGCCCCCCAGAGGACCCCGGCCCGCCCGCCCCCCAGCCCCCGGACACGGCUUCCCCCUCAUCAAAAGGAAGGUUCAGUCGGACCAGUACAUCCCAGUAGAGGACAUUCACGUGGAGAUGGGUGAACUGGAACGGCGCCUGGAUGAGCUGGAACACAGGGGGGUGGAGCUGGAACAGAGACUGAGGGAGUGCCAGAGCGACGAGGAGGAGGAGCGCCUCCUGGUGGACUGGUUCACGCUGAUCCAUGACAAACAUAUGCUUGUGCGGAGGGAGGUCGAGCUCGUCUACACGGCCAAACAGCAGAAUUUGGAAGAGAGACAAGCGGAUGUAGAAUAUGAGCUCCGGUGUCUCCUCAAUAAGCCCGAGAAAGAGUGGAGCGAGGAGGACCGGAACAGAGAGAAGGAGCUCAUGGCUGAGCUGGUCACCAUCAUCGAGGACAGAAACCAGAUCAUCAACAGCAUGGAUCAGGACCGGCAGAGGGAGGAGGAAGAAGACAAGAUAUUAGAAGCAGUGAUUAAGAAAAAAGAGUUCCACAAGGAGCUCGAUGUCGACCCGAGGAAGAAGGGUGCCAAGUUCAAGCCCAGUAAGGUUCUGAAGAUGCUGAGUCCCAAGAGUGAGGGGGGCAAGAACAGAAACGUCCGGAAAGACAAGAGCUGAGGCGGCAGAGCCCGAGGGAGGGGCCAGUUCUCAGAGGGAGGGGCCAGUUCUGGGGGGCGUGGCCAGGGAGGCGAGGAUAUGCCGUGGGUUAAAUCAGGAGAGAAGGUGACCUCCUGUAUACGGCAAUCAAAGGCUCCCCCCCCCUCCGCAGCCCUGAUCACACCCCCUCACAAAUGCUCGCCUCACAAACGCUGACAUGUAAAUAUUUUAAACUGCCUUUUUGAACUGUGCCACAGAAGUAACACCUGCUAAAAUUAAGACAACAAAAGAGUGUCUUCCUGUAGGAUUUUAUUUAUAUUGUGUCUUAAGUGCUGUUGUACCUUUAAGUUAUACGUCACAGGCUCUUGAACCCAUCAUAUUUUUACACUAGGAACAGAAUUAGGUCAAACAUCUGACAUUUAACCAUGAGCACUGCGGUAAGUCGUGGAUAUUUCUAUGUAGUAUCAUAUAUAUUUCACUGUGCAUAAUGCUACUGUACACAAGGACAUGGAUCUGGUGUCCCAGUAAGGGGGUUUUUCCUUAUCUUAAUGGCAAAUUCCUGCUUGCUAAGGUUUCUCUGCAAAUUCCGGAAACAGGUCUGGUACGAUACUUGGCGCAUGCUGGAAUGGUGCCUGCAAUUCAUUGUUGGACUGAGUGAUGGUUACGUGCCUGACUGUAUGUAACUAGAAAUAAAUUUCAUUGGGGGGUGUUCGGCUACUGUACUGGUAGAUUUUGCAGACUGGAAGAGGGGGUUCCCUCUGUCACCUUUGCUAGCUGGGGGGGCGGCGAGGUCGUAGAUUAGGGGCAUGAAGCAAAUUUUGGGGAGAGGGGUUCAACCUUGUAAUCUCACUACCUGGCUACGUGCCUGAUCAAUAACAAAAAAAGUUUGCUAUUUUACUUCGUGGUUACGUGCCUGCAAGCAGUAUUGUACUUGUGAGUUGUGUGUGUCCAUCGGCACGGAAGGAAUUUUGGGUUAUUAAGAAAAGGAAAGUUCUACAUAGAAUAGAGCAGGCUGAAACUUACCUCAUGGCUUUUGUAAACAUUUGUAAAAAGCAAGGGGGUACUGAGUGGCUCAACGGGCUAAACCUCUGCACCUCUGACCUCUAUCGUAAGGUCGCUGGUUCAAGCCGGGCCUUAGCAAGGCCCUUAAUCCCCAACCCCGUUUGGCACCACUGCAGGUGGCUGAUAAUCUCGCUUCUCUAUGUGUCAUGGAGAGCAAGAUGGGGUAGGUGAAAAGUGAAUUCCCCUACUAGGGAUCAAUAAAGCAUCAUUAUCACCAUCAGGUGGAUCAGCUGAACAUUCAUUCAUCCAUUUUCCAUACAUAGCUAAAAAGCGAGAGUGUUAAGCCUGCGAAUGAUGCAUAUAUGCAAACUUAGUUUUUAAUUUAUGUUUUUUUUAAUGUUUUUUUUUUUCCCUGUUACAGUUAUGCUAAUUUAUCCCGUGUCUGUGUUUUGCCUUUUUUAAUGGGCUGGACUCAGUUCUCUGAAACAGCAGUUUACAAUGUGCACAUUUACAGUGAAGUGCCUUCAUUUACCCCCUUUUAAUCCCCCACCCCUCACUCUUUCUUCCCCACUUUACCGGUUCGGCAUUCUGCGUGACGCGCUCUUUCUGCACUCAUCAUCACUUCAUCUCCUUCAGUUUGGGUUCUUUUUAUUGGGGGACGUAGAGCCACCCAGUGGUUUUUGCAAAACAGCAGAAAUGCUAACAAAGAUCCGGACAAAAAAAAAAAAAAAAAACUAUUAAAACUAUAGCUAUAUGAGAUAAAUCAAGGAAAUAAAAUGAAUUAAUGAAACUAAACAA